AUUUUGUGCGCAGCCGCGCAGUGCCCGUCUGUUAUGAGCCAGAGCUGUGCUGCGAGGGGACAAACUUUAUGAAAGUACAGUGUUAGUUUUCCUGGCUUGGAAAACUGUUUACAAUUCUGGUCUUGGUCACUAUAUUCUGCUAUAGCUACUAUAAACGAGGAAGGACAAAAUGUUAAAUACUGUUACUGAACGCUACGAAGCGUUUUUUAAACAGAAGAAUGCGGUAACGGAUUUUCUGGCGGUUUUAGAGGAAAAAACUGGAGUUAAAAAACAGUACAUUGCAACAGGUGCAGUGUCUAUUGUGGCACUCUAUCUGUUAUUUGGAUUCGGCGCCUCCCUCCUCUGCAACUUGAUUGGUUUCGCAUACCCAGCGUAUGCCUCCAUCAAAGCCAUUGAGAGUAACAUUAAAGAAGAUGACACCAAAUGGCUAACCUACUGGGUGGUUUAUGGACUCUUCAGUGUGGCUGAAUUUUUCUCUGAUAUCUUCCUCUUCUGGUUUCCCUUUUACUAUGCUGGGAAGUGCCUGUUUCUGCUGUGGUGCAUGGCUCCAGUCUCAUGGAAUGGCUCUCAGAUGAUAUACACACGUGUGGUGAGACCUUUCUUCCUCAAACAUGAAGCAGCAUUCGACAACGUUGUCACUGACUUGAGUGGAAAGGCCAAGAGUGCAGCCGAGAGUAUGGCAAAGGAAGGCUUCACAUUGCUGAACAGUGAUAAGAAUAAAUGAUUCGCAGAUGGAGAUAUGAAGAAUCAUUUAACCAGGAGCCAUGUUUACAUUUGCCUUUUUAUUUUUUGACUAUCAUAUUAAGUCAAUAAUCCCACCAAAUUAUUCUUAACUGCAUCUGAGCCAGGCAGCAAAGUCAGUCAUUUCUCAAAUGGUCCACAAAUGAUACUAUUUAAUUUAAUUUCAAUUUGACAGUUUUGUGUUCAUCCUAUAUUUUAGAACUUUGAGCAAUGAAAGAAAUGUUGAAGUCACUGUCUUUUAUUAAAUAAAACGGGGAAGAUCUAUGCUUAAAUAUUAA